AUGACAAAUCAAAUUUAUAAAAUCAUAACAGAACAAGAAGUCAAUCAAGAAUUAACCACCAAAAUUUAUAAUGUUGAAAUUAAUAGUAUCACAAAUGAUAUUACAAAACGAUCGAUCUCUUCUACAGAUAAACAAGACUUAGAAUUUAUGAUCUCCAUCGGUUCUAUGGAUUCUAAUAGCUUGGCAUCAAUAUUUGUCACAUUUAUUCAAGCAAUUAAACUAAGUAUACUUUCUUCGAAUACGAUAUAUACAACAUUUGAAAAUCCUCAAAAUAUUAUAGUUUCAGAUGAUAUGACAAUUGGUUCUACUAUAAUAAUGCCUUAA